UACUGGUUAUGGUAUAAAAGGAGAUGUUUUGGGAAGACAAAACAACACACGCUUCACCCUUGUUGAAGAAAUCAAGAACUAAGAAGCUAUGUUCUCAUUACCUCUCUUGUCCUUCUACUUUCUACCCUUCUUCUUCUUCUUCAUAUUCUACUUUUUCAAGUUCUCCAACAACACUAGUCGGAAAAACCUUCCACCUUCCCCACCAAAGCUCCCAAUCUUGGGGAACCUCCACCAAAUUGGCCCGUUUCCCUACCGCUCCCUGCAUACGCUAGCUCAAAAAUACGGACCACUUAUGUUGCUUCACUUUGGCAGUGCACCGGUUCUCGUUGUCUCCUCUGCUUUUGCAGCUCGCGAGAUCAUGAAAACCCAUGAUCUGAUUUUCUCGAGCAGGCCUAAACUGAGCAUUCCUAGUCGACUUCUUUAUGACUCAAAAGACAUGUUAUUCAGCCCCUACGGUCAGUACUGGAGGCAGCUAAGAAGCAUUUGUGUCGUCCACCUUCUCAGCAACAAGAGGGUCCAAUCCUUUCGCGACGUGAGGAAGGAAGAAACAGCUCUUAUGAUCGAUGAGAUAAGAUCACGAUCUCGUUCCUCUUCCUCUUCACUGGUAAAUAUGACCGACGUUUUGAUGUCGCUCACAAGCAACAUCGUGUGCAGGGCGUCCUUGGGGAGAAAGUAUGAUGGAGGGGGAGAAGGGAAGAAGUUUACGGAGCUUAUUGGGGGACUUGGGAAGCUAUUGGGUGUUUCCAAUGUGGGAGACUACAUCCCGUGGCUUGCUUGGAUUAACAGUAUCACUGGGCUCGAUGCCAAAGUGGACAAAGCUGCUAAGGGGAUGGAUGAGUUUCUGGAGGGAGUAGUGGAAGAACGAAUGAAUCGCUGUCAACGAGAGAACGGUGACAGUGAGGAAACGCAGGGCUUCGUCGAUAUAUUGCUUGAAAUUCAAAGAGAGAACGCAACUGGCUGCUCUCCUGUUCAUAGGGAUACUGUCAAAGCGCUGAUAUUGGACAUGCUUGGUGCUGGAACUGACACUACAUCAUCAACACUUGUGUGGACAAUGACUGAGCUCUUAAGACAUCCACAAGUCAUGAAGAAGUUGCAGCAUGAGGUGAGGGAAAUAGCCAGAGGCAAACCGAACGUAACCGAUGAUGACUUGGAUAAAAUGCACUACUUGAAAGCAGUGAUGAAAGAAGGACUCCGGAUGCGUACUCCCUUGCCAUUACUCACUCCGCGAGAAUCAAUCCAAGAUGCCAAGGUAAUGGGCUAUGACAUCGCGGCUGGCACACAAGUGCUAAUCAACGCUUGGGCGAUUUCAAGAGAUCCCUUGACGUGGGAAGAUCCCGAGGAGUUUAGGCCAGAGAGGUUCUUGAACAGUUCAGUAGACUUAAAGGGACAUGAUUUCGAGUUUAUUCCCUUCGGUGCUGGUCGGAGGGGGUGCCCCGGUAUCCUUUUCGCCAUGAAUGUGAAUGAGCUUGCAUUGGCAAAUGUUGUGCACAGCUUUGAUUUGUCAUUGCCUAGUGGAGAGGAUUUGGACACGAGUGAGGUCAUUAGUUUAACUGUCUACAAGAAAACACCUCUAAUUGUUGUUGCCACUCCUUGCUUUUGCUAGUGUCAGGAACUCUGCUAUGCUAUUGUAGCUCUACAUGGAAAUGUUGGUUUUGCUAUGCUAUGCUAUUGUACUGCUGAAAUCUGAAUGACCAGAGCUCCUAUGUGUGUGUCAGUGUGUAUGAACAACAUUUCGAGACUAACCGAGGCAAGUAAUUUUU